AUGGCCCUCCUGGCUGCUCGUUCCGGCCUCCCGCGCUCCGCGGUGUGCGCGCCGAGCGCGAGGACGGUGCGUGCGCGCGCGUCGCGCUCCGUGCACGCGUCCACGCUCACGCCCGAGGCGACAGCGGCGCUCGGCUCUCUAGACCUAAUGGCGUCUCUGGAGAUCGACUCGAUGGACGCGAUGGGCGUCGUGGCGCGGGACGGCGUGGACGGCGAUAUUGUCGUCGACGAGCCGGCGGACGGCCACUUCGUUCUCAAGUUCCGGGCCGAGCAGGAGCCCUCCAGCGCGCACAAGGGCUUCUCCACCACCGUGGACUUCGCCGGCGUUCAGGUGCACGUCCGGACGAGCGGCGCCAGCCACAGCGGCGCCUUCUCCAUCUCCUGGUUCAACAAGGCCGGAGAGGCCUGUACCGUCGAGGAGUGGCGCGACGCGUGGGCGCAGGAGCUCGCGGCGUCGAAGGGAUACGAGGCUGCGAAUGAGUCGGCGUACCGCCGGUGCGGCGGCAUCCGCGCGUCGUGCGUCGCGUAUGCCCUGGGCAUCAAGGUCGACGUGCAGUCGUGGGGCCGCUUCCACACCUCGGCGGUCACCAUCCAGUUUCCGUGA